AUGCAGUUACUCACUGUCCUCACGGCCAUUGGCCUGGCCUCCGUUGCUGUUGCCUCGCCCCCUCCCUGGGCCGGUAUUCCUGGCGCGCACCACACAAUCACCACGACCACUGGCUCCAGCGCCACUCCUAGCUCCAGCGCCACUCCAAGCUCCAGCGCCACUCCAAGCUCCAGCGCUAUUCCCAGUUCCAGCGCCACUCCAAGCCCCAGCCACUCCUGCAACUACCCUUCGGGCUUCCCUCUGCCCUCCGAGGCUCCCUUCGACGUCCCCCCUCCCUGGCAGUCUGGCUGUCCCGGUGAGGGCCAAGGCCGCUAA